AUGGCUGACGACGAGACCAAGAAGCCAUCCAUUCCGGCAUGGCAGCAAGCAAACAAUACAGAGUCCACUCCCUCCGUCUCGGAGACGCCAUCGCAGACCUCCGAUCAUAACGAUAUGGCCUCCCGAUCAGCUCUCCUGGAGCAAGCAGCCAAGUUUCUAGAGGAUGACUCGAUCAAGAACGAGGCUACGGGACGCAAAAUAGCUUUUCUAGAGUCGAAGGGACUGCAGGGAGACGAGAUUGAGAGCCUUCUUGGGGUUUUGCGAAAUGUCGAAGCCAGCAGCAACAACGACACCACUGCGUCUACAUCUACGGACAACUCAGAUAACGAGAAGCCAUCAAACACAGAGAAUGCAUCCGUAUCGUCUGUAUUGCAGGAAUCUCAAGUCUUAACUCCCUCCACAUCAUCGCCCCCGUCCCCAGCACCAUCGUCAUCAUCGUCAUCAACCACCCAAAGCUCACCACGCGAUGUGCCGCCAAUAAUCACCUAUCCCGAAUUCCUCACUAAGCAACCCAAACCACCACCGCUUGUGUCUAUCAACAGCAUCAUCUACACUCUUUAUGGCGCUCUGGGUCUAGGGGCUAGCAUGUACGGUGCCAGCGAAUAUCUCGUGAAGCCGAUGAUUGCAAACCUAACGAGCGCGCGCCACGACUUCGCCCAGAACACAAAACAGAACCUGCGCAAGUUAAACGAGAAACUCGAGCAGAACGUCUCUGUCGUGCCUCCCGAGCUCGCGACCCGUGCAGGCAGGGGAUCAGAAGACUUUGAUCGCGACGAUGAUUUGGACUCGAUAACUUCUGACCCGGCUGAACUCUUCCACCGGGAUAUUGGCACGCAAACAACCCCUCAAGAUAUCACACCUCCCGCUUCGGAAGACAAGCCAACAGAGGAGAAACCUAGUCCCAAUACAACGGUAACGAACCACAUUAGCCGUCUCGAGAACAUCAACUCCCAAUUGCGCGAGGUCGCCAGCACAGAGGAGGAGUCGACCACCCAAGACGAUAACCUGCGCAGCAGUCUCAGAGACAUGCACUACUACCUAGACAGCUUAAUCUACAGUAGCCCGACUUAUAGCACGGGAUACGGCUCGUGGAGCUCGACCAGCGACUCAACGAAUGGUUCAGCGAUGGGAGUUGCCAAGAGCGAGGAAGACGCGAUUUCCGGUUUCAGAUCAGAGAUUCGAGGUGUCAAGGGUGCUUUGUUGAGUGCGAAGAAUUUCCCUACUAGCCGGGGAAGAGUUGGUGGUAUCUCUACCAGUCGGUAG